CGCUGGUGGAGAGGCGAGAGAGAGGCAGCCUGGGGAAAGGAAAAAUGCACGUUGAGCUUUGUUGUGGAAAUCCUGGUUACCUGGCAUAAAUCCUACACCAUGGGUAAUAUCUUGGACCUGGCCUGAUAGGAGUCACCAGUGCCACUGGAUUUAUUGACCCCUAGCCCCUGGCUUUUCACCAUGAAUGGAAGGUCAUGCAGCAUGAAUCUCCACCGCACAUCAGGCACUCCACAGGGACCAGGAAUGAUCGGUGGUCAGCACAUCCCCCCCGUCAGAGUUCCAUCAGGGACUUCUUGCCCAUCAUCCAAUGGCAGCACCCCCAGUCCUGCUGUUGGAAGCCUCCACCUCAAGCUGCCCUCAGGAGGAGGGGUAGCUCCUCAGAGCAACUCAGCUGACAGCUCCAUCCACCUUCCAGCACUGAGCCCCAGGAGACAAGUGGUUACCAAUGGGAAGCCUCUGUUCCAGGUUUCUCAGGGGCCAGGGAUGACAAUGCCACAUUCUUUGAAGCCAAAACAGCAAGAUUUUGGAAACCCCUUUCCUACCAAUCCAGGGAAAGGGGGUCUUGGCUAUGGGCCUCAGUGCAAGUCCAUUGGAAAAGGCAGCUGCAACAAUCUAGUGGUCACCAGCAGUCCCAUGAUGGUUCAACGGCUGGGACCCAUAUCACCUCCUGCAAGCCAGGUCUCUACAGCAUGCAACCAGAUCAGUCCUAGCUUACAGAGGGCAAUGAAUGCAACCAACAUGAAUAUACCUCCUUCAGAUACCAGGUCCCUUAUGUCACGGGAGUCUUUGGCAUCCACGACUUUGAGUCUAUCAGAAAGUCAGUCAGCCUUGAGUGUGAAGCAAGAAUGGUCUCAUGGCUACAGGACUCUUCCUUCCCUUCCUUCCAACUCAGGCUCUCAGAAUGGCAGUGAUCUAGGAGACUUACUUAACAUCCCACCUGGGACACCUGUGUCCAACAGUAGUGUCUCCAGUUCAUUGCCCUCUUAUCUUUUUGGCAUGGAAAACAGCCACUCCCCUUACCCUAGCCCCAGACACUCUUCAACCAGGUCUCACUCAGCCCGUUCUAAGAAGAGAGCUCUUUCCCUUUCCCCUUUGUCUGAUGGCAUCGGCAUUGACUUCAACACCAUCAUCCGGACCUCCCCGACAUCCUUAGUUGCCUAUAUCAAUGGUUCCCGGGCAUCACCUGCCAAUAUCUCCCCACAACCAGAGGUCUAUGGACAUUUCCUAGGAGUGAGGGGUAGCUGUAUCCCACAGUCGUGUUCUAUCCCAAGCUCUCAACGAAGUCUUCUGGUGACCAGUGGCAGCCUUACCAUCCCUGCCUACAAUGAGAAUGGGGUGGUAGAAUACCAGCGCAUGCAGCAGCUAGAGCAGAGCAGCUUACAGUCAGCAAUUAUGAACAACAUGGUGGUACAGCAGGGUCUACCUGCUUCAGCCAGCCAGCCAGCUGGUUUAUUAAAAAGUGAACGAUUGGAUGACUUCCCAGGUGGCAUUGAUAUUCCUCCUCCUCCCCCACCUCCUCCUUUACCCCCGCCGCCGCCGCCACCACCACAAGGGCCCCCACCCCCUUACCACGCCCAUCAGCACCUUCACCAGCCUGACCUCCUUCACCAUUCCCACCCACUUCCUCUGCCCCCUUCUGCCCAAGGUCCCCAGCAUGAAGAGGAUGGAGAAUUAGAUGAUUUUAAUGGGAAACAUUGCUGUCGCUGGAUUGACUGCAGUGCCACGUAUGACCAGCAAGAGGAGCUUGUACGGCACAUAGAGAAAGUUCACAUAGACCAGAGGAAAGGAGAGGACUUUACUUGUUUUUGGGCUGGCUGCCCUAGAAGAUACAAGCCAUUCAAUGCCCGAUACAAACUAUUGAUCCACAUGAGAGUCCACUCAGGGGAGAAGCCGAACAAGUGUACGUUUGAGGGCUGCAAGAAGGCCUUUUCAAGGCUGGAAAAUCUCAAGAUUCACCUGAGGAGUCACACAGGAGAGAAACCAUACCUGUGCCAGCAUCCAGGAUGUCAGAAAGCCUUCAGUAACUCCAGUGAUCGAGCCAAGCACCAGAGAACCCAUCUUGACACUAAACCUUAUGCAUGUCAAAUUCCAGGAUGUACCAAACGCUACACAGAUCCAAGUUCCCUAAGAAAGCACGUCAAGGCACAUUCUUCCAAAGACCAACAGGCAAGAAAAAAGUUGCGGUCAAGCAUGGAGCUCGAUCAGGAUAUCUUCAAUAAUUGCCUCACCAUUCAGCCUCUCCAACCUACCACUUCCCCACAGGAUGUUGUAGAUGGUACCAUGGGAAGAUCUCCAGGAUCUGUCCACGACAUCUAUUCAGCCACGAUUUUCUCCAACACUCACUCAAGCCGCAGUGGAACAGCUGCUGGGGCUGGGCCUCCCCCACAUCCCAUCAGUCACCCUUCUCCGGGACAUAACGUACAGGGGAGCCCCCACAACCCCUCCUCCCAGUUACCUCCUCUCUCCGCUGUGGACUCAGGAACUGAAAGGUUUGCGCCUUCUGCUCCAUCUCCCCACCAUAUCAGCCCCCGGAGAAUGCCAGCCCCUCCUUCAGUCAUGCAGAGACCACCACCUUCCCAUGUUCAGCAGUCAGCAGGAUCACACUUGAAGUCAUACCAGCCAGUAACAAGUUCUUCCUUUCAACCAAAUGGUAUCCAUGUCCAUGGGUUCUACGGGCAGCUGCAGACAUUUUGUCCCCCCCAUUACAGUGAUCCUCAGAGAAACAUGGCCCAUGGCAACUCCUGCAAUAUGGUGCCUUCCUUUGAAGACUGCCUUGUCCCUGCACCCAUGGGCCAGGCAGGGUUCGAUGUUUUCCACAGAGCUUUUUCAGCUCAUUCAGGCAUUACAGUGUAUGAUCUGCCAUCAGGCCCCACAGGUAUCUUUGGAGAGUCUCUACGAAAUGGACCUGAAGAUGCCACCUUCCUACAGAUCAGUGCUGUGGAUCGCUGCCCCAGCCAGCUCUCUUCUGUCUAUACUGAAGGCUAAAAGCCACCCAGGCAUCUAAUGCUCAUCCCCAAAUCCUCUGCUUCGAAACCCCUUCACUUCAUCCCAGUCAGGACUCCAAGUGCCAGGGUUUGCAAAGCCCAGGGGCACAGAAGGAUCCUUGCAGAAGAGGAAUGGGAGAUAUGAGUCCUCAUCAAGCCUUCAGAAGCUCAGCAGUCAUGUCUCUUUCUCCUUCUGUUUGCUAAGUUAUGUGUCAACCGCAACUAUCUAUUCAAAGGGAAUUCAAAGACUGAAUGAGAAAGUGGCUGUUGUUGGGAGACUUUUCACAUGCAACCACUGAAAUCAUGAAAGAAAAAAUAGAGGCUUGGUUUGGGGACAAUCCUCUUUUCAUGCAAGGACACUGAGGCACAGUACAAGCUUCUUAAGGCACAGGGCUAUGCCAGGCACGUGGCUCUGUGGUGCUUCUGCAGCUAAGUAAAGCCAAACAUAAAAGGGGAAAAAAAAAAGUAAGAGCUUCUGACAGAUGCCUCUGGUGGCACCACCUUCCAGAGGCCCUCCAGGGAUGCCCCCUGUCCCCAGGAUCUCCAGCAAGCUUGGUUCAGCUCUCCCACUUUAUACCCACAGGCUUACCAGUAGAUUGCUUUUUGAUAUUUCUCUAAUUAUUUUAUGCAGUGAAUAAAAAUAAUCUGCCAAGUA